AUGUUCGCCGUGAUGCAAAUCGACGAAGACACAAGGGACUUCAGGCGUAAACUGCGCCCAAAAUGCGAGUUCGUCUGCAAGUAUUGCCAACGUCGGUUCACGAAGUCCUAUAACCUGAUGAUUCAUGAGAGGACCCACAAGAGCCCGGAGCUGUCUUUCAGUUGCGAGGUCUGUGGGAAGAGUUUCAAAAGGCAGGACAAUUUGCGUCAGCACAGACUUCCCUUAAAAAGCAUCAAAAGACGCAAAGAUUGGGGCUACUAA